AUGAAGUGCCCCGCGCCAUUUUCAUUCGUACCUAUGGCAGUGACCUUUGUUACUGUCAUAGUGUAUCUGGGAGUCUUCAUUCCUCUCCUCAUCGUACACGAAACCGUCCCUUCCGCUCCCUCAGACCCUACGCUCUAUCGCGGACUCAACCUUACCGAAGCCUGGCUCGACCUUACACAGUUGACCGAUGGCUACCACCCUUUCAACAGCAGGAGGAACGAUGAAAUACGAAAUUGGAUUAUGCAGAGAGUGGAAAGCAUAUUGGACAGUAACCAUGUCAGUUGGGAUUCAGAGACCAGUAGUGGGGGCACCAAGCAAGUUGAUGCCGCGUUGAUGGGUACGGAGGAGAGGACAUAUCAACCUGAGUCUGGCACCUUUGAACCUGCGGUCGAGCGAGUGCGAAAGCGAGCUGCUGUUCCUGCAGUGACAAUCUUCAACGAUCUUCAAGCGAAUUACACGAGUACCGCCCUCACGAGAAUCGGUGCCAGCGGCAGACGAAACGGAAUAAGUACAUAUUUCGAAGGAAGCAAUGUCAUUGUGUACAUACGGGGCACGGAAGACGAGGAAGGAAAGUGGUGGAAUACGUCUGACUUUCGCUCGCUCAAAAUGCAUGGUAGAGGUGGUGUAAUGGUCAACGCUCAUUUCGACAGCGUUUCAACUGGUUUUGGAGCUACUGAUGAUGGUGUUGGUGUUAUCACGGCAUUGCAGCUUAUCAAAUACUUUACCACUCCUGGAAAUACGCCCAAGAAGGGUGUGGUCGCCUUGUUCAACAACGGUGAAGAGGAUGGGCUUUAUGGAGCGAAAGCUUUUCUGUCCCAUCCGAUGGCUAAGUUCGUUCAUACUUUCCUGAACCUUGAAGGUGCCGGAGCGGGAGGUCGAGCUACCCUUUUCCGUAGCACAGACACAGAAGUCACUCGUGCUUAUGCAUCGUCCCGUCACCCCUUUGGAACUGUCGUCAGCGCCGAUGGGUUCUCGUUGGGAUUUGUUAGAAGUGAGACGGACUAUGUUAUCUUCCGCGCCGAAGGUUAUCGUGGACUUGAUGUUGCCUUUUGGGAACCAAGAGCUAGAUAUCACACCAAUCAGGAUGACACGAAGCAUACUUCCAAGGACUCUCUAUGGCACAUGCUAUCGGCUUCCGUGGAAACUAUGAGAUAUCUGACAUCGGAUGUCAGCAGUACAUUUACCGGUCCUCGUGGGGAUGGUGCAAAUGGAAAAGUCAAAAACGGCCGUGGAUCUGACGGAGUUUGGUUCGAUCUAUUCGGCAGCUUUUUUGCCGUUUUCGCCCUUCGAACACUUUUCGCGUGGUCAUUAACACUAUUGAUCGCUUCUCCACUUAUCUUACUACUUGUCAUAUUCGUCCUGGUUAAGAAGGACAAAUUCUACUUCUUCACUGGAUCAGUCAAACCAGUUGGCCAUGAGAGUGAGGCGGUCUCUUUGAAAGGCUGGCGGGGUGCAUCUAGGUUCCCAAUAGCUCUCAUCGCAGCUGGAGCAGUUACCGUUGGCGCCGCCUUCUUGGUUGUGAAGUAUAACCCACUGAUCAUCUACUCCUCACAAUAUGCAGUUUGGACGAUGUCUUCCAGUUUGUUCUUCUGUGUGUAUUGGUUCCUCAUGGCAGGUGCCAACUUUGUCAGGCCCUCUGCACUACACCGUGGUUACGCUCUCUUGUGGAUGUUCUUGAUCGGAUGGGCUGUGCUGGUUGCAGCUACUGUUUACGAGGACCGAUUCCAUAUUAGCAGUGGCUACAUAUUUGUAUUUUAUGUUGCAUCGAUAUUUCUUGCCAACUUCAUUAGUUUGGUCGAGAUGUUUGCCCUGCCAACAAAAAGCUCGGUUGUUGAUCAAGCACACGACGAACACGAGAUCAGAAAUGGGCUUGAUGUUCUGCCCGGGUCGGAAGGACUCCUGGGGAAUGAUGGUAUCAACGAAAAUCCGGAGGCACCAGAAGAAGCCACAGAAGAGACUCCUCUUGUCGGUAGCGGCGAAAGCCAUCGUUCUUCGAUUGGGCCCACCUUUUCUCGUGCCUACCGAAGACCACUCCCAGACAACAAUGAUGGCGCUCAUGAUGAAUUCCACGAGAAAGGCAAUCAUGCAUUUGGUGAAGAGCAGCAAUGGUCUGCUAGGCUUCCGUCCUGGACGUGGCUUAUUCAAUUCUUGAUUCUUGGGCCAUUCAACCUUAUCGUUGUUGGCCAAGUAGGGUUCCUUCUUGUCACAGCGCUUUGUCAGACGGGCACAGAUGGAGGCCCUCUUUUACUUCCAUACCUCGUGGUGGCUUUAUUCUCGAUCUUCGCACUUCUACCAGUGGCGCCUUUCGCUCACCGAAUCACUCACCAGAUUCCAAACUUUCUAUUCCUGGUCUUCAUUGGUACUCUUGUCUACAACCUCACAGCUUUCCCCUUCUCUGGUCAAAAUCGCUACAAGGCCUACUUUCAACAGACGGUUGAUCUUGACACUGGUAUCAAUCAAGUCACCAUCGCCGGCCUUGAGACAUAUAUUCGAGAGAUCAUUUCCACCGUACCAUCCGCGGCAGGUCAAGAGAUAUCUUGCACCACCCGACCAGAUAUCCGCGACGGUCUGACAUUUUGUUCCUACAACGGUCCUGCACCGAACGUAGUCAACAAUGUGACUCCUGGCGUGCCUCCAGAGAAAGGUUACCAAGACUGGCUCUCCUACAAUAUAACCCGCGUCCCCGGUGAGAACAAAGCAACAUUCCAGAUCUCCGCCCGCGAAAGCAAAGCCUGCGUCAUUCGCUUCGACGACCCCUUCUCUGAAUUCAAAGUCCAAGGCGCAGCCCAAAACAACGAUAAAUGGGCCGACGUGCCCGAAUCAGGUAGUGAUCAGAUCAAACUCUGGCACCGCGACUGGAAUCGCAGCUGGAAGGUCGAUGUCGAGUGGCCGGUUAGCGAUAAUAGACGGAAGGGCGAGGAGGGUAGGAGCGGACGCGUGGUGUGCAUGUGGAGUGAUUUUAAUGAGAGGGGGGUUAUUCCGGCGUUGGAUGAGGUGGAGAGGUUUUCACCUGAGUGGACUAGUGUUGUUAAAUUGAUGGAUGGGCUUGUGGAGGGGGGGAAGAGGUUUGUUGUUUAG